AUGGAAAGGGUGGAGGAUGCGGAGGCCAUCGUCAAGGAACACAGAGGAAAGCACUCCAUCACGCACGAGGAAAAGCACUUUCCCAUCAAUAUUGAGAUGGUAGAUGGGGCGGUAGACGUGUCCGUGCGCGAUCUGCCUCAUCUAAUCCCGGACGAGGAAAUUGUUGCCGAGAUGGCACAAUACGGUGAAGUCCUAUCCGUCACCAAGGGCGUAUGGGCCCCCGAUUCACCGUUAGCUGGUGCGCUCAACGGUGUGCGUGUGUUGAGGAUGAAGCUGUUAAAGCCCAUCCUCUCCUACGUAACACUCUGUGGGGAGGUUACAGGUGUGUCCUAUCGUGGUCAGGCACAAACUUGCCGCAACUGUGCUGCACCGGUGCACCACGGUCUGAAUUGUGUACAGAACCGGCAAAAUCGGUUUGCGAACGUUGUACAAGUAAAGGCCACGUACGCCAGCACCGUUAGUGCAAAAACAGUUGCACCCACACCACAAGCAGCGUCACACACUGCAGCAGGCAAUAGUGGCCAGAAGAAAAAGAAGAAGAGCCGCUCAAGGUUCCUAUCGGCGGCGACACCUGCACCUACACACGCAAACGUGGAAGAUCAGCAUCCACGCGACGCAUCGAAGAUCGCCGCACGACUGAUCAUCCCGAUCGUGCCGGUGACCGUUCGGCCUUCCAGCCCGAAGUCGAACUCUCGCAAGGGCAAGAUAAGCAAUGCGAACGAUAAGCAUGUCGCUCCAGCUCUAUCUAUCGCUCCCACGACGGAUGCUGUCGUCUCCGCGCAUGAUCGGCGCUUCGAUGAUGCGUCAUCACCUGCCGUUCCUGCCGCUCCUGUGGCCACCGCCGCUCUUGCGGCUACCGCCGUUGCUGCGACUAAUGCUGCUUCUGUGUCUACCGCCGCUCCUGCAGCUAUCACCGCUCCUGCAGCUACCGCCGCAUCCACAGCUGCUGCUCCUGCUGCUGCCACCGCUCAUGCGGCUACCGCCUCUCCUGUGGCUACCGCCGCACUCGCUGCCGGCGCUCCUGCGACUGUCUCCACUCCUAUGGAUAAGGAUGAUCCUGCUGCUGCCGCCGCUCCUGCUACUGCCGAAGUCCCUGGUGCUGUCGUCGCUAACCCAGCGACAACAAGUGCUCCACUGGCCUUUAAGGUACCGCUCGAUGUCCUUCCUGCCCCCUUUCCAGGCCCUUCCACGGAUGAACCGCGAACGGUAACACGUAAGCGAACCACUGAGUCAGAUGUCGAGAGUGACGCCUCAAGUUCAUCCAUGAACAGCUUUACGAUGGUCGCCAAGCGUAAGCCUGGUCGACCAUCCAAAAAGGCCACCACCACUAACAACCUCUGA